AUGUCAAAUAGCAACAGCGAUAACAAGUAUAGCGUCAUCACAAUUGGUGAUGAGAAAAGGUUUCAAGCCACCAUUGCGCCACUUGGUGCUACUUUAGUAGACCUUAAGGUGAACAAUCAAUCAGUCGUUCAAGGGUAUUCAAACGUGCAGGACUAUUUAACAGAUGGUAAUAUGAUGGGCGCUACGGUGGGUCGUUAUGCCAACCGUAUUGCGAAGGGUGUUUUCAGUUUGGAUGAUGGUCCUCACAAGUUGACUGUUAACAAUUGUGGUAACACAAAUCAUAGUAGUAUCAGUUCUUUGAACCUUAAGCAAUAUAGGGCGUCCCCUGUUGAGAAUCCUUCCAAGGGCGUUUACGUUGUCGAAUUCAAGUUAUUGGAUGAUCACACACAACCUAACCCUAAUGAAUUCCCGGGUGAUUUAGAAGUCACGGUAAAGUAUACUUUGAAUGUUGCGGAAAUGACUUUGGACAUGGAAUAUCAAGCGCAGUUAGUCCGUGGAGAUGCUACUCCAAUCAAUAUGACCAACCACUCAUAUUUCAACUUGAACAAGGUCAAGAGUGAAAAGUCGAUUGGCGGUACAGAAGUUAAGGUCUGCUCGAACAAAUCGCUUGAAGUUACAGAGGGAGCAUUACUCCCAACUGGUAAGGUCAUUGAAAGAAAUAUUGCUACUUUUGAUUCGGCUGAGCCUACUGUUUUACAUGAUGAUGCCCCAGUCUUUGAUUGCACUUUCAUUAUUGAUGCUAACAAGGAUUUGAAGACUACUGACUCUGUGAGUGUAAAUAAGCUGGUUCCUGUUUUUAAGGCCUAUCAUCCAGAAUCCCACAUCAAGUUUGAGGUUUCGACGACAGAACCAACCGUUCACCUAUACACCGGUGACAAUCUAUGUGGCAAAUUUGUACCAAGAUCAGGAUUUGCCGUUCAGCAAGGGAGAUACGUCGAUGCCAUCAACCGUGAUGAAUGGAGAGAUUGUGUUCUUUUAAAGCGCGGCGAGGUAUACACUUCAAAGACUCAGUAUCAUUUCGGGAUUUAG